AUGCCACCCCUCCAACUCCGCGAGGAAUUCCCAACCCUGAAAGCCUUUAAAGAUGCUCUGCAUGCAUGGGCCAUCGAAGCACAUUUUGAGCCUAGGAUCCUGAAAUCAGAUACGGGUAGGGUGCGCGUGGGCUGUAAACGCGACCCCAAUUGUCCGUUUGUCGUGCGCUGUAACUGGGAGCGCAAGAAUGGAAGGGAGCCGCUGGCUAGGGUUACGGUGUUGAGGGAUAGGCAUACGUGUUUGAAUGGUAUUGAGUGGACGACUGCGUCGCCACUUGCAGGUAUGAAUGGGAUGGGAAAUGGGAUGGGAGGAGGUGGUGGAAUUGGUGGUGGUGGUUUAGGUGGGGGACCACCGGGUAUGGGGGGUGGGAAUGUGAAUGGAAUGAGUAUGAGUCCGCAGGUGGGUAUCAGGCAGGAUGAGGAGGGCAAUAUUGUAGGUGGUGCGAGGGUGUUGGGACCGAUCGAUAAACAGGGAGGGGCGAACGAUGUUGGGCCGCCUGGUGUUCCUGUGCUGCCGAAAGUCCAGAGGAAUUCUGCUUCCAGGUUACCCUUUCUCAUGGAUAUAUUGCCACGGUUGAUGAUUAUUACGAAAGAUACCACGCCGAUCGAGAUUAGGGAGUGCUUGCUGAGGGAAUAUGGCGCCGAGGUGCAUUUGCAGCAGUGCAGACGUGCUAAGACGGAGAUUCUGAAGAAGAGACUAGAAGAUGGGUCGGAGACUCCGGGACAAGGACAGAAUAACCACGGGCAGAGACCGGAUACUUCUCAUCGGAUGGAUAGUGCGGAUAUGGGCAGCGAGAGCACAAACGAGCCUUCCAAUCAGCUGUUUGGAGAUAUGAAUGGGAUUGGAAAUGGGAAUGUCAAUAAUCCGAAUGGGAAUAGGAACAAGGUUACGACACCGAACCAGAGCGCACAUCCCUUUACGUUACAUGCUGCGAAUGGAGUUGUUGCGCCUGCUGUCCCAGCUAGGGGCGCGGCUGCGUUGAGGGCUGUUGGCGAGCAGCCGAUCAAGUGCCCGUAUUGCAUCAAUUCGAGAUGGAUGUCGAGCAUUAAGGAUGCUGUGGAGCAUAUGAGUAUGCAUGUUGUCAUCUACGGCUUCACUAGCGACAAGUUGACGGAAGAAGUGAGCACACCGAAGAAGGACGAGACAGGCAACGAUUUACCGUUUGUGAAUGCUAGAUACACAGGCAAAGAUAUGCCGCGACCAGUAGAUGAGACUUAG